UCCCCAGGGCGUUUUUUACCCACUAUAAAAUAAAAUAAAUCCAUGACCAUUCACGUUUCUUCCUCCUGAUGAAGAAACUGAGGCACGGGAAGGGGAAAUGAAGCCAAGACAAAAAAAAUCCCCCAAGAUUUUACGGGAAGUUGGGACGGACUCUGGCUCCCACUCAGCAUCUCUGCCUUCUCUCCCUGAAGAAUUUGCUAUUUAUAGCUCCGCUUUGCUCCUUUAGAACAUAAUCAAAACCAUCCUCCCUCCAUAUGAGAACUCAUCUAGCGGCACUAACCCUCCUGGGGGAAAACUUCCCGAAAUUUGCAAUUCAGCCUCUGCAAGGGGAAACUUCCAGCGGCGCGGACAGCGCGGGGAGCACGCUCAGCCCGGUGCCGCUCCGGUCCCGGGCACAAACCGGGCUCCCUCCCACGCUACCGAGGAGGCUGCUCGGCUCAGCCCCCCCGGCUCAUUUCCUGCUCGGCAGCGUCCCGCGGAGAAGGAGCGGCGCCGCUCCGGCAGCCGACACCCAGCGGAGGAUGAUGAGGGUCUGCAUCGCGGUGCUCCUGGUCCUUCAGUCCCUGCCGGGGAAGGCAGAGCUCCAAGAUGACAUGGAGGAGAUCGCACAGGAUUUAUAUGACUACAUGGCUCAUUUAAGCAAUUACUAUUCUUCCACAGAAGAUUAUUACUAUGACAACAUCACAGCAACCCCUGCCACGUACGUGUAUGAGUUCGAUUCCUACGAGGCAAACACCAUUGGAUAUGUGGAUUGGGACAAGUUGUUUCCAGAAGAGAAUGCCACCACCAAGGUUCCAGAAGUACCAAACACAAAAGCUCCGGGGGAUUCCAGGGAUGCUAAGGACAGUCAGGAUUUCCAGGAGUCAUUGGGAUCGUCCCUGCAGGGCCACCUCACCCUCACCAUCCUCCUCAGCUGCCUGGGUCUCCUGCUAUGAUGCCCAGACUCCUCCUCCAAAGACACCGUGGCUGGGAUGGCGACCAGGACAUUGUCAGGUGUUGACGAUGACAUCCUCUCCACGAGGUGUUGUCUCUGUUCCAGAACUGCUGAGAUGUUUUGUCUGGAGGUUUUGGUGGAAAGCCGAUGCCGAGCAUGGAGAGCUCAGCAACCUUUCAGUCCUUUCCUGUUUCCUUGGAUUCCGCUGUAAAUAAGAACCUCUGCCAAUAAAAUCCCCAACACCUGGUGCACGGCGUCUCAUGGUAAAUAAUCCAGCACUGGAAAAACAAAUGCAAACAAUGCAUGCAAGUGCUUGUCCCAUCAGAAGGAUUUCUCAAGCCUCUAAACCCAGCCAGGUGCUUCCAACUUUGUUUCUUCCAGAACUGCUCUUCACACUGUUUAUUUUCCAAAACACACACAAUAUCUGGGUGUGAUGAGAAGCUGGAUCAGAAAACCUCCCACCAGCCCAACCCCUCCAUGGAGAGCAAACUGUCGCAGAAAUGGGUGAUUUUGGUCAGGAAAUCAGAGUUAAAUUCCUUUUUGCGGGGGGAAAAAAUGCAAUCCCACACUCGGUGCCUAUGUUGCUUUUCCUUGGGAGAGUCAGCAGGAAGGAGAGAUGGAAAACUGGCCCAGGUGUGUCCAGGUAACCCUAUAGGACAAAAGAGGUUGAGUCAAGCCAACAGGAGAACCGUGGUAGUCCCAGUGCCCAGAGCCCUCAGAUCUCUCCAGAAACCUCCUGGAUCCCGGGGGAAUCUCCCGAGCCGCCAGAGCAGGUACGACCCAUCCCACCUGCACCCACGGAGCAGCCCCGGGGCCAGCCCACCAUUCCCAGGUUAUCCAAGCCCACAGCCUUGGAAAGAAGAAAAGUUUUGUUUCCUGCAGAAGGUAAAAAGCUCGAAACGCGUUCAGAAGCGGCGGGAGGAGCGAGAGCGGAUGCGCUGCCUGGCAGUGCCACCUCCUGGCUCUGUGCUGCCAUAAAGGUGGAUUGAGAAGAGCCAAGAACGCCCCGGAAAAUUAUUCAGAAUCACACAGCAGUGAGAUUUCCAACCCUGGAGUGGAGUAAAAAGCAAUUAAAGGGAAAUAAAAUAUGUGGAUGAA